AUGAAGAAAAGUCCGGAUCUCUCUGACUAUCUUUGGGCCUGGACCCUCCUUCUGGGCACAUUGACUGGAAGAAGCUGUGGGCAACCAUCACAAGAUGAACUUAAAGACAAUACCACUGUCUUCACCAGGAUUUUGGACCGACUCCUAGAUGGUUAUGACAAUCGCUUAAGACCGGGAUUGGGAGAGCGUGUAACUGAAGUGAAGACUGACAUCUUCGUCACCAGUUUCGGACCCGUUUCAGACCAUGACAUGGAAUAUACAAUAGACGUAUUUUUCCGUCAAAGCUGGAAGGAUGAAAGGUUAAAAUUUAAAGGACCCAUGACAGUUCUUCGGUUAAAUAACCUAAUGGCAAGUAAGAUUUGGACUCCGGAUACGUUUUUUCACAAUGGGAAGAAGUCAGUGGCACACAAUAUGACCAUGCCCAACAAACUCCUGAGGAUCACGGAGGAUGGCACCUUGUUGUACACCAUGAGGCUGACGGUGAGAGCUGAAUGUCCAAUGCAUUUGGAGGACUUCCCUAUGGAUGCCCAUGCCUGCCCACUAAAGUUUGGAAGCUAUGCUUAUACGAGAGCAGAAGUUGUUUAUGAGUGGACCAGAGAGCCAGCACGCUCAGUGGUUGUAGCAGAAGAUGGAUCGCGCCUAAACCAGUAUGAUCUUCUUGGACAAACAGUAGACUCAGGAAUUGUUCAGUCCAGUACAGGAGAAUAUGUUGUUAUGACCACGCAUUUUCACCUGAAGAGAAAAAUUGGCUAUUUUGUUAUUCAAACAUAUCUGCCAUGCAUAAUGACGGUUAUUCUCUCCCAAGUCUCGUUCUGGCUCAACAGAGAGUCUGUACCAGCGAGGACUGUCUUUGGAGUAACAACUGUGCUCACCAUGACAACUUUGAGUAUCAGCGCCAGAAAUUCCCUCCCUAAGGUGGCUUAUGCAACUGCUAUGGAUUGGUUUAUUGCAGUGUGCUAUGCCUUUGUGUUCUCAGCUCUGAUCGAGUUUGCCACAGUAAACUAUUUCACCAAGAGAGGUUAUGCAUGGGAUGGCAAAAGUGUGGUUCCAGAAAAGCCAAAGAAAGUGAAGGAUCCUCUCAUUAAGAAAAACAACACUUACGCUCCAACAGCAACCAGCUACACCCCUAAUUUGGCCAGGGGUGACCCUGGCUUAGCCACCAUUGCUAAAAGUGCAACCAUUGAACCAAAAGAAGUCAAGCCAGAAACAAAACCACCGGAACCCAAGAAAACCUUUAACAGUGUCAGCAAAAUUGACCGACUGUCAAGAAUAGCCUUCCCUCUGCUCUUUGGAAUCUUUAACUUGGUCUAUUGGGCGACAUAUUUAAACAGAGAGCCUCAGCUAAAAGCCCCCACCCCACAUCAGUAG